GCUCGAUUUUAUUCACCUAGACAACCGGAGAGGCGGGGCUCCUUACUUUUAGACCGAUACAGAUGGUUAGACUCUUCCCGUCGGCUGUCGGUGGACGAUGUACACGAAAACGAACGAUCAACUGUGACGCAAACCCUUUUCUUUAAAAACAUUCGCACAUAAGGAAGUAAGAAAGCAGAGGGAUGGUCGAGAGACUACAGAGAAGCCAUCAAUGAGAGAAACUGGCUUACCCGGGGACAAAUGUUACACAUUAUUUAGUAAAUUACACUACAUUAGUAGCUAAUUAGUAACAUUAGAAACGGAGCAUAAGAGGGCAUCUGAUAUGUAGCUAAUACUUAGCUGACAUUCACGUUAACAGUGGUUAUCUAGCUAGCUAAUAUAGCUAACAUUACUGUAACGUAAACUGUUGACACUCAGCAAACAUGUCCAGUAAAAUAUUCCUCGUUUUUCAUGGCAGUCAUUUAGCUCUAUCUGACUUUAAUGAAUUUAUAAUCUAAUAGUACCAUGAUGAGUAAUGUUACAGACACAUCAUGCAGAAGGAAAACCUCGGACCAGUAUUGGACUAGUAGGGAUCUGAUGGCUAGUUAGCUGUCGUGUUAUAACAGUGUCUUCAAUGGAAAGAAGCAGCGACGAAGUUGCAGCUACUGAUGAAGAGGAUGGAGACCAGGCAGCCGGUUGGAUUGUGAAGGCAGGCAGGUCGGAGGAUGAAAAAGUGGAAAUGACACCUGCAUAUAACCCAUCAAGGACAACAUCCACAGGUGGAGUACCAGACCCUUCUACGGACAUUUUAGCUCUGAGGCUCUGCAGAGAACUUGUGUACCAGGAUAAGAAGAAAUCAGAGAGCGAGACUGGACUAACUGUAUCAAGUGGUGUGAUGUCUGAAGGUCAAGCAGCAGUUGUUGAGCCAGAGAGGGAUGUUCCCUCUGUGUCUCCCACCAGCCUUACGGACACCUGUGGUCCCUCUAUGUCAAGCCUCUCCUCUUACUUCUUCGCGCAUCAUCAUGCCAUUUGUUCUUCAUCCUCAUCUUCAUCUUCCUCUGUCUUGUCUCUGACUCCACCCUUGCCUUCCUCUAUGGAGCUCCCUGCUGUGUUGACUGAUACAAGGCUAACCCUGGAUGUGUACCAGGGAGGAGCAGCUGCACUGCCUCUGCUUUGGGGGUCCAUCCCAGGGCAGCUAAAGGGUCUCCAGUACCUGAGACUGGGCUCUGAGGAUAAACCAGGCCUGGAUGGUGCACUGGAUGUCCUACCCCAUCUGACAGAGCUGCGUUCACUCGCUGUUCGGGGACACUGUUUUUAUGACUCACAAGGUGAACCGCUGUCUGGCCUCCUCACCACUUUGCCUGCAUCUCUUUCCUCCCUUUCUCAUCUGGUGCACCUGGAUCUCUCCUUCAACCAGCUCUCCUGUCUGCCAUCCUGCCUUCUCAGCUUGCCUGUGCUGUCCUCUUUGCUCCUCUGUCACAACCACCUCUCAGCUUUGCCUCCUGAUAUAGGCCAGCUGUCCUCCCUCACCUACCUCUCCCUCCUGGGGAACGAGCUGGUCGUUCUUCCCCCAAGUCUGGGUCAGUUGAAUGCACUACAGACACUGGAUAUUUCCCAUAACCUCCUUCAACAGCUGCCUGAUGAAAUUGGUUCUUUGGAGGAGCUUGUUAAGCUGGAAUUGUCCCACAACAAACUGAAGCAGCUACCAGAGAGCAUGGGCUGCCUCCUCGCUCUCAGGGAGCUUGCCAUCUACAGCAAUGAACUCCGCCUAAUCCCACAUUGCCUAAACAAACUGCCUCUACUGAAAAUAGAUGUGCGUGACAAUCCUUUGGGACAACCCUCAACCCCUCCUCCUCUUCCUCCUACAUCUGAUCAAGCAGAAAUGAAAAUUCAAGAGUUGCACCUUGGAUUUAAUCAGCACAGUUUCUGUGUUUCGUCUACCGGGUGUCAUGUGUUUCUCCCAGGGGGGGCUGAGCUGCUGUUCCCCCCGGGGUGCCUGGUGACAACCACAAGGCUGAAGUGGGCUGAGAAAAGGCCAGAAAGAAGGUGGGUGUGGCUGGAAGAGCAUGACAUCUUGCUGAGUCGUCCACUGGAACUUCGUCCUCAUGGAAUUACAUUUCUAAAGCCUGUGGAGGUGUGUGUGCCAUAUCAUCGGUCAAAAAGAAGAGAGGUGGUGGUGAAGAGGUUUGACGGACACGCAUGGAGCACUCUGCCCACUGUUCUGAGGAGAGGAAGCGAGAGCCAUAGCAGCCACCCUGGUGGACGUCCAGCCAGGCUGGCCUGCUGCUCUGUGAGCCAGUUCUCCUGGUUUAUCGCAGUGUCCAGUCCAGUAAAGGACAGUUGCUCUGUUACACCAGCUGGAGCCCUGCUGGUAUCCAGCGCUGACCCUGGAGUUAAGAUCUGCUUCCCUCCAGACUCCACUGUGCAGUCUCGCACUAUAACCUUACAGGUGCUGCAGGUGUGUGUGUCAGAGGUACAGGCACUGUGUGAUGAUCCUCAGGCCAGAGUUAGCCCCCUCCUCUGCCUCUCCCAGACCCCCAGCAUACAUUUCCUGCAGCCUAUUAAAGUUCAGGUACCUCUGCCAGCUGGAGUCACAGGCCAUACAAUUGAUAUGUCCUGUUUGCAUCUGCUACAUGGAGACCCCACUGCCCAAACCUGGACUGACAUCACAUCGCAAGUGUCUCUCUCCAUCACCCAUUUGUAUGCAAUUUUCUACAUCACACAUUUCUCCUGGUACUGGCUGUGGUACACCACUACACGCUGUGUUAGUGGGGUGGUCAGGAAGGUCUAUCAAAGGCUAAAACAGUUCAGAGUCCAGUUCCUCGUCCUCCAGAGGAAGACUGAUCCUUCACAAGUUAUGCUACAGUGUUUACCUGCUACCAAGGUGGAAAGCAGAGUGCAGUCUUUGUCAGAGCAAUAUGACGGACCUCAGCCUUCAGACCUGUGUGACCUGCUGGAAGGAGAGCAGUUCUUUGCUGGCUUUGAAAGGGGCUUAGAUGUCAGCACAGAGAGACCAGAUUGUGUGGCGGGAAGACUGUGUUUUGAGUUUUACUCCAGCCUGAAGAAUCUGAAGGAAGUGUACAUCUGUCCAGCUCAGGGUCAGAAGGGGCCAGUGAGGGGACAAGUGUCUUUUUAUAGAGGGGAGAUUCCCAGCAAUCUACCAGAGGAAGUGGCGAGAAAGAGGAAAGGACCUGACAGCCAGUGGCUGGCAACUUUACCACUAAGACUUCCUGCCCUAAACUCAGAAAAUAAUUUCAUCAUGGAAGAGCUUCAGUAUCCCCCUCUGAACCUGGGUGACCCUGAGAGCGGCUACCUGACAGAAGCCAACCUGCUGUCCAUCUCACUUCAGAUAGGACAAGACUGGCGUGUUAUUGGCAUCAAUCUUGGCUUAAGCUACCAGGAGUUGGACCGCAUCCAGUUCAAGUACAGGGACAACCUGGGAGCCUUGGUGCUGGACAUGCUGUUCCACUGGGCCCGGGGACAGAGGAAUGCAGGACCAGGAGCAGCGUCGAGGCUGGUGGCCGCUAUGAUCGAGAGCGGCAGGAGAGACCUGGCAGAUGAGAUCGAGGACAUUGUCAAUAUAGGAAGGAGAAAGUACUCCGAGUCACUAAAGAGAGUGGGCCUGGAAGCAGAGAGCUCCUCCCUCUGUGAAACACAGCAGUAGAUGAACCCACGCUGGGUGCAGAUGGCUGACUUACACUUGAGUAACCUGUUUGUUUACAAUGCACACCCAUCAUCUCAUCCUGCUGUCUAAACAACUGUCCCAGAGUACAAAAAAUCUAUCUUAACACAAUCAUGGUAGUCAGUUAACAGCUGGCGACACCUUUCAGAAGACUUACAGAAGACAGGGGAAAUGGAUGGACUGCAUGAAGAUGAUGGCCUGAGGCUGGUUCUUUCCACUUUCCUUUUUUUUUUUUUUUAAACUGUCUCAGUAUGCAAGACAACACUAUGGAAGCCCAUUUCUACCAGGAAAAGAAAAACAGUGAUGAAAAAUUAUAUAUGAUAUAAAUAAAAAAUACUUAUGGUAAGUAAAAAAUUAUGAAAUGCUAAGUCACAAUUUGUUACUUAAUAUCAAAUAUUUUUUACUUGGUAUGUCAUAAUUACAAAGUAAUGACAUUAGUCAUUACCAUUUUGACUGAGUAUGUCAUAAUUGUGAAAAAGUUGGCCUAUUAAUGGUGCGUUCCAUCUGUACUCGUGUAUGUAUAUUAAAUCAGUCUUAAACACAGUACUGUCCUACAUCUAUAUGCGGACAUGUUGUUAAAGGAACACGCCGACUUAUUGGGACUUUAGCUUAUUUACCGUAUCCCCCAGAGUUAGAUAAGUCCAUACAUACCCUUCUCAU